AUGGCCAAGUCAGGUUCUAAAAGAUUAAGAACUCGGUCGAUAACACAAGAAGAAGUAUCACUAUGCACGCCGCAAACCGGUACUUCGACUACAGAACUCACCCUCAUUGAAACACCAGACACCAAUGUACAUAAACGUAAACGUCAAAAGUCUCGACAGUCUCAAAGCACACCUAUUCCUGAUGGCGAAAAUCAACAGGUUCAAAAUGAAAUGAGCAAUGAACAAAACGUAUCACCAAGCACCUCUAACAAAGAAAAUGAUCCAGAUCAUGAUCAACCAUUUCCAGUAAAGGCAGUUGAAGAAAUCUUGCGACUCAAAAAAGAGGUUGAAAGACUAACGGCUGAAAUAGCUUUUAAAGAUCAGGUUAUAGCGAGUUUACAGGCAGAUAACAAAAGAUUCAAACCAGGAUUAACGUGUGUUAUUUGCGUAGAGUAUAUGUCAAACCCUUGUACUAUUUCAUGUGGUCAUACCUUUUGCUAUCAAUGUCUUUAUGAUUGGGUCAAAAUACGUAAAGAGUGUCCGACAUGUCGUGUUAAAAUAACAUCAAAACCAGCAUUGUCAUUCGUAGUUAAAGAACAAGUGGAAACUUUUGUUGACAGAUUAUCAUCAGAUGAUGAGAAGAGAAACGCACAAGAACGUCUUAGAAAAAAAGAACAAGAAAUGAAAAGUAUUGCAGAUCCAUGGCGUGGCCUUUUCAGUGAACCAAACGCGCCAGUUAUUAUUGACCUUGCUGAUGGUAUAAGGCGUUGUACAAGAUGUUCAUGGGAAGGGGAUCAUUGUGUUAACUGUGGACAACAAUUCAUAAUAGAAAUUGAAGAUGAUAUAGAUAUCCCACUUGACGAGGAUGCAGAUACAGAUGAUUAUGAAGAUUCUUUCAUUGACGAUAGAGAAAUAGUAGAACUUGUAUCAUCGGAUGAUACUUAUACUGGUGAAAGCGAAAGUGAAUUAACAAAUGCUGCUUCAAUAUCACCAAUAAAUACACGUAGUCGGCGACGACACCAACAACAAAGUAUUAAUGAAGGCACUCCGUCUCGACCGAUUUUAAUAAGUGAAGCUUCAACUAAUGAUUCUAUAUCGCCAAUCAGACGACUUAGACGCUUAAGUUUGAAUCAAAGAGAAGUAGCUCAUAUAUUAAGCGUUCGGUCAACAAGUGAAGAUGACAGUAGUCCUUUAUCAAUUCGUAUAAAUCGUAAUCGACUUAGAAACAGAAGGCCUCCAGCUCGUUUUCC